AUGGCUGUGCAAACUAUUAAACUAUCUUUGACUUAUCUGUUAAAAUUUGGACUUAAAUUGACAUUGACAUUUUACUGGGCGAAAAUUUUGCUGAACGUUGAGCGGGAAGAUUCUAUUUUAUAUUAGUAUGAAAAAGUAACUAGAAAUAAAUAAGUAUGACUACUAGAUCACAAAAGAAAUCAAGCUCUACAUCAACUAGUUUAAGUGUAUGUCAAAAAAGAAUAGAAAAUUCGUGGAUUUUACUUAUUAAAGAAUCGCUUUUUGAAAAUAGCAGUUUUAGCAUUGUUACUCUUCCUCAUCCAGCUCAUGGAAAUUUAUCGAAGUAUUGUUUAGACAAUGUUCACAACAAAAUGUUUGAAGUGGUGACAUUCAAUGAGCCAUAUAGUUCAUGGUUUAUUGGUGAUUAUGUUAAAUCUGACGGCAGUAUUUUAAUGGUUACUCCAAUAAAUCCAUUGUUUUUAGUUCUCCCAAGACUGAAGGAACAAUGUGCCAACAGAGCGGUACCAUUAAAUGAUUUAUUAUCGGAAAAGGGAUUUGAUAAAAUUGUUGACUUUGUUAUGAAUAUGGAAUCUAUUGGAGAUUUAAAGGGUGCACCAGAAAUGAAAGCCUACAAAUACAAUGAAGAAAAAACAUUAAAUUGGUUAGAAGAGAGGGUUCAUAAAGUGGCGAAAGUUUUAAAAGAGAAAAAUAUCCAUGUAACAUCUGGUGCAAUAUCAUCUACUUUUGUAUCCAGUACUCUGAGCAAUGAAAAUGUUGAUGAAGAAUUUUAUCUUAAAUAUGCUCAUGGUAUUAUAUCUGAGUACCUUCAAGAGGACCUAGUUGAAAAACUAGAAAAACGAUUUAAUUUUAAACCAGAAAUUAUUGAAACAGUUGGAAAGAAGAGGAAGUCUGAGGUUGAUUUAAAUAACUCAAAUAAGAAAGCUAAGAAUGAGUCCACGUCUGAAGAUGUGAAUGAUGUGAAAGUUGGUGUUCUGUUAAAUGGAUCUUCUGAGACUAAAAAGAAGCCAACAGCAAAAGAAAAAGCCAGACAAAAGGCUGCCAGUGGAACAAAAACAAUAUCUUCAUUUUUCACAAAAAAAUAAAUGGCCUUUAAAGUACA